AGCAUUGAGCGAUCUUCCAGUGGUGCUAAUGGAUCUGCUCUGACUUGUACACAUCUUUUCUUCUCUGUAGUCACUGAGCUUGCACCUGAGGGUCUGAUGGCAACUGUGGAGUACAAUUUCAAGCUAUCCGACCUGUAUAACAGCAGACUACCAAGUCCUCGCUCUCACUAUCGUAGUUCUCUAAAAAACUGGGCAAGCUUGCCAUGGAUAAAUUGAGUGAAGGCCUGGGUUUUCUCUGGAAAUCUGUCUUACUGCUUCUCUGGAAAUCGGCACUAUGCAUCCAGAUCCCAGACCCUUAUGGACACUGCUCUAUGUUACUCUUACUCUUAUGAUUCCGUGUUCUUCUGUGAGUUCAGACUUGGCACCUUAUUUUAUUUCUGAGCCACUUUCUACUGUGCAGAAGCUUGGUGGACCUGUAAUACUACAUUGUUCUGCUAAACCCGUGACUGCUCACAUCUCCUGGUUGCAUAAUGGAAAAAGAUUGGAUAAAAACAUGGAACAGAUUAAGCUUCAUCAGGGGACUUUGACGAUUCUUUCUCUUAACCCCUCCCUUUCGGGUGACUACCAGUGCAUUGCCAACAAUAGCAUAGGCGCAAUUGUGAGCAGCCCUGCAACAGUAUCCAUUGCAGUUCUUGAAGAUUUUGAUUCAUCAGCAAAGCAUGUUAUUACAGCAGAAGAAAAGAGCACUGGUUUCAUUGGCUGCCAGGUACCAGCCAGUAACCCCAAAGCUGAGGUGCGCUAUAAGAUCCGUGGAAGAUGGCUGAAACAUUCCACAGGGAAGUAUGUAAUCCUCCCGUCAGGAAACCUUCAGAUUUUGAAUGUAUCCUCAGAAGACAAAGGAUCAUACAAGUGUGCAGCUUAUAAUCCUGUCACCAAUGAAUUAAAAGUUGAACCUAUCGGCCAGAAGCUCCUUGUGAGUCGCCCUUCGUUGGAUGGUUUUCACAUUCUUCACCCCACCCUUUCCCAGGCAUUAGCAGUGCUUUCUCACAGCCCUGUAACUUUGGAGUGCGUGGUGACAGGGGUCCCGGCCUCUCAAGUACACUGGCUGCGGGAGGGCCAAGACGCUGUGCUGGGGAGCAACUGGAGGCGUCUGUAUUCCCAUCUUGCCACAGCAAGCAUUGACCCAGCAGACUCUGGAAACUAUUCCUGUGUGGUGGGCAACAGGUCUGGAGACAUAAAGCAUGUCACUUACAUGGUCAAUGUACUUGAACGUGCUUCAAUUUCUAAAGGACCACAGGACCAAAGAGUGUCUCUAGGUGCCACAGUACAUUUUACCUGUGGUAUUCGUGGGAACCCAGUCCCCACCUGUACCUGGUUUCAUAACGCACAGCCUAUCCAUCCUUCCCCACGACAUCUAACUGCAGGAAAUGAACUGAAAAUCACCGGGGUUACCAUGGAAGAUUCUGGACUGUACCAGUGUGUAGCAGAUAAUGGGAUUGGAUUUAUGCAGUCCACUGGAAGACUUCAAGUUGAACAAAGUAAUGGAUUCAAGCCAGUUAUAAUCACAACUCCAGCAAGUGCCAGGGUGGCAGAUGGAGACUUUGUUACGCUGUCCUGCAAUGCCACUGGAGUGCCAGUCCCAGUCAUUCGCUGGUAUGGCAGCCGCGGGUUGAUAACCAGUCAUCCAUCUCAAGUCCUUAGAUCCAAAUCCCGAAAGUCACACUUAGUAAGACCUGGGGGCCUUGACCUGGAGCCUGUCUACUUCAUCAUGUCCCGAGCUGGCUCCAGCUCCCUUUCCAUCCCAGCUGUCACUCGGGAACAUGCCGGAAGAUACAUCUGUGAAGCAACAAACGAUCAUGGCACCACGCAGUCAGAAGCAUUUCUCACAGUUGUUCCUUUUGAAACAAAUACAAAAGCAGAAACAAUCACACCUUCUGAUGCUAUUCAGAGUGAUGAAAGAGACCAAAGAGACAGUUCAGAAUCUGGCUUGUUGAGCUCAUUUCCAGUGAAGGGACAUCCUGGUGCAGUGGAAUCAUCAUCAGAAAAAAAUGCCAGUGGCACCUCUGUCCCUGAUGCCCCCAUCAUCCUGAGCCCUCCGCAGACCCAUACAGCAGACACGUACCACCUGGUGUGGAGGGCGGGCAAGGACGGUGGAUUGCCCAUCAAUGCCUAUUUUGUGAAGUAUCGAAAGCUGGAUGAUGGUGCUGGUGCAGUGGGGAGCUGGCACACAGUUCGAGUCCCUGGCAGUGAAAAUGAGCUACAGUUAACAGAACUGGAGCCAUCCAGUCUUUAUGAGGUUUUGAUGGUGGCAAGAAGUGCCGCAGGUGAAGGACAGCCUGCCAUGCUUACCUUCCGAACCAGCAAAGAGAAAACAGCAUCGUCAAAAAAUACGCAGGUGUCCUCUCCAGCCGUGGGGAUCCCUAAGCAUCCUGUUGUUUCAGAGGCUGCAAACAGCACCUUUGGAGUGGUGCUUACAGAUGCCUCCAGGCACAGUGGAGUUCCGGAGGCUCCAGAUCGACCAACUAUCUCCACUGCGUCAGAGACCUCAGUGUAUGUCACAUGGAUUCCCCGGGCAAAUGGUGGCUCUCCCAUCACAGCCUUCAAGGUCGAAUAUAAGCGGAUGAGGACUGGUGAUUGGCUGGUGGCGGCUGAAGAUAUCCCUCCUUCCAAACUUUCUGUGGAAGUUCGCAAUUUAGAACCAGGUUCAAUAUACAAAUUUAGGGUCAUUGCUAUCAAUCAUUAUGGGGAGAGUUUUCGGAGUUCAGCAUCUCGUCCUUACCAGGUGGCUGGAUUCCCCAAACGUUUUUCCAGCCGUCCCAUAACUGGACCUCACAUUGCAUACACAGAGGCUGUUAGCGACACUCAGAUCAUGCUAAAGUGGACGUACAUCCCAUCAAGUAACAAUAACACUCCCAUUCAAGGGUUUUAUAUCUAUUACCGACCAACAGAUAGUGACAAUGACAGUGAUUAUAAGAGGGAUGUUGUGGAAGGGUCAAAGCAGUGGCACAUGAUUGGCCACUUGCAGCCAGAAACUUCAUAUGACAUUAAAAUGCAGUGCUUCAAUGAAGGAGGAGAGAGCGAGUUUAGCAACGUGAUGAUCUGUGAAACUAAAGUGAAACGUGUCCCUGGAGCUUCCGAGUAUCCUAUCAAAGACCUGAGCACGCCUCCAAGUUCUUCCGGAAAUGGAGGAAACAUUGGGCCUGCAACUAGUCUGACCAGAAGCAGUGACAUGUUGUAUCUCAUCGUUGGCUGUGUACUUGGUGUCAUGGUCCUCAUUCUUAUGGUUUUCAUUGCAAUGUGCCUGUGGAAGAGUCGCCAACAGAAUGCCAUACAGAAAUAUGACCCACCGAGGUAUCUCUACCAAGGGUCAGAUAUCAAUGGGCAGAUGAUGGAAUGUGCUACUCUCCCGGGAACCAGCCGGAUCAACGGAAGUGUUCACGCAGGCUUCCUGGGCAACGGCAGCCUCAGCAAUGGCUGCGCCCAUCUCCAUCACAAGGUGCCUAAUGGAGUCAGUGGCAUGGUCAACGGGAGCUUAAAUGGAGGGCUCUACCCUGCACACACCAACUCACUAACCAGGACACAUGUGGAGUUUGAACAUCCUCAUCAUCUAGUAAAUGGCAGCAGAAUGUACACAGCAAUCCCUCAGGUUGACCCUCUGGAAUGUGUUAACUGUCGAAAUUGUCGGAACAACAAUAGGUGUUUCAAAACCAAUGGCACAUUCAGCAGCAACCCGCUUCCCCUGGUCCCGGUAGUAGCGCCUUGUCCUCAGGAUGGUUUGGAAAUGAAGCCCCUCAGUGCCAUGAAGAUGCCUGUGUGUCUGGCCUCCGUGGUCCCUGAUUGUGGCCAGUUACCUGAGGAGAGCACCAAGAACAGUGUGGUACCAAUACCUGCCCCGCAUCCCUGCUGUCAGGACGACAUAAAUGACAUCAACUCUGACUGUACAGAAGAUACCACAGAGUUUAACAGAGGAGACAGCUGUGGCCACUUAGAAAUGGAGAACAAAAGUUUAAAUUGGAAUCCUCUUAUUUUGCCACCUGUUUCAGAGGACUGUCCUGGGACGAUGACAGUGUGGUCUCCUCCUGGCAUUCCUUUAGAUAGCUCGUCAGGGGUCCUUCAGCAACCCCAGGAAACCUGAGGCUGUGCAAACACCAAGUCACAUUUCCUUUCAGCCAGUAGCUGCACUGAACAGGCCUGGGAAUGAACUGUGUGAAGGAUGUUAAUUCAAAUAAGAGAAAAUCAUUAUUUAUUUUUUUGUAGUAACCUUCAUGUGAAUGUAUCUUAAAAUGUGUGCCCUCUUAUAUUAUUUAUGCCUUAAAAUUUCCCUUCCCUUUUCCUUCUUUCUCCCUUAGUAGGAAACAACCUUGUUUUGCAUGGUUCGAUUGUCUGGAAAACAGAGGGAUCAUUCCACGUUUUCCAAGACCCUCGGUGAGAGUAAGAGUUCCUUGUGCCAUGGAUCUGAUCCGUUGGCUGAUUCAGCUAGGAGGGAAUUGCACAAGCCGUUUGAAGUCACACUCUCAGACGGGAGAUUGCCAUUCAAUGUUGAGACCAUUUUCAGAUCAACCACAGUUGUGACCUAGUGUUUAUAGUGGCAGAUCAGGCUGAUGAAUUUUAUAAAGGUGCCUCCCACAAACGUGCUUAUGCCACCUGCCGACUUUUUGUCUGUGCGUGGGCACAAGCAGUAUCCAGGCUCUAAUGACAGCCAGUGUUGUUGGGAGAAUGUAUGGUCUGGCUGGAUUAUUGCAGUCUGCAGAAAGAGAUCAAAGGCCAGGGAGAAAGUUAAUGCCUUAAUGUCCCACUGCUUUAACACUACAUUAGUUUAUAAAAUGGUCCUCAUGGGGCUCCUUUUGACUGAUUCUAAAAGUAGGAACAAACAAAAAACUGUAAAGUGCUGGCUUGAAGAGAAGGGUACACAGUUUAAGUAAAAACCGUAGGCAUUGAGGGACCUGUCUUGGCAGAAAUGCUUUAGUGUGCUAUUCCACGGGAAUAUGCUCAUGGUGCCAUACCACCUGAGGAUAGUUAGUUACUCCUUCCAACAUGGGCACCCACCUGGAAGAUGAGAGUAUGUGCUUGUGAGUCAGUUUCCAUCAGUAUAACAAAGUACUUCAGAAUAGGUUUAUUUUGACUCACAGUUGUAGCGAUUCCAGUCCAUGUUCAACUGACCCUGUUGGAUUAGGCCAGGGGCAAGGCAGCACAUUAUGGUAGAGCACAUGGUGGACCAAAAUGCUUACAUCACAACUGAGGAGCAAAGAGAAAGAGGAAGGGGUUAGGGUCCUACCAUCCCCUGUAAGGCCAUGUCCUCGGUAACCCAAAGACCUCCCACUAAUUCCCACCACCUGCAGAGGGGACCACCUGGGGACAAGGUUGUCACCCUUCAGGGAACACUCAGGAUCCAAACUAUAACAGAGUGUUGGGAAAGACUUAAUCUGGAAGAAAAGGGGUUUUAGAGGGAAAUUUCCUGAUUUUUUUUCAGAAUGCAGUAAUGGUAAACAAGCACCUAAAGCUUUGGUCAGUAGAGCUUAUGCAUCACAGCCACUGCUACCUCGGAGUGACAAGGACAUUGCAGCUGUCCUUGGAAGACUGUUCUGCUCCAUGUUCAAACAAAUAUACAACAACAACAAAAACCCAAAACACUAAAUGCAUUUCAUAGUGUGAGUCACUGAACCUUCUUAGAUUGUAUAUCCCUUUGGAAAAAGAUACAAAAAAUAUCCACUUCUGGUAGAAUUAAGAAGUUCCAAUAUAAAUAAGUAAAUUUAGUUUCCCAGAAAUUGCAGUGGAAUAGAAUAAUAGAAUAUUAUGUUAAUCAACUUUUCUGUAUAAUGCAUCAGUGCUCCCUUACAUAUGUCUAUAUCUUUUAUAAAUAGAACUGUUAGUGAAAAUGUGCUGUUCUGCUCGGUCACUAUGCAAGAGUUACUUCCAGCAGAUUGUAGGGAAUAUAAGGCCACAGCCAGCUACAGUAUUAGGUUGCUAGAAAAGCAAGUUCUACAUUCCAGAUGACCAUGCCUGCAGUAUACUAGGCUUGUUCUUCAUGUUACAUUGAUGUGGUAAGCUUUGUGUGGGGGAUGCCUGCAGCCCCUACUUCUGUGACUAGCAAAGGACAAAGUCCUGGGACACAAAAUAUAAAACCACACUCUAUGUUUCCUGAUCAAGUUACGGCAUUGCUGUCACGCAGGGAGUUUUAGAAAACUAGGGAGUAAACGUCCACAGGCAGCCAGUUUGAUUCAUGAAACAGGUGUAUUUGCAUGAGCCUUAGGUCAGAAACUGCUUUUAAAGAUUGAGUUUGAACGUGGGACUUGUCCAUGAGGAAGAGAAAAUGACUUUUACCUUCAGGGCAAUCUCACUGUGGACUGCUUUAUUUAUAUUAUUAGUAACGCUGUUUUAAGUGUUAUCUCCUUUAACUGUAUUUUAUUUAUAAAAAUGCCUUUAUAUGUUGAGAUAUAUAAAUAUAAAUAUAUAUAAUUAGCCUUUAUAUUUAGGAGUUAUCAGUUCUUCCUAGGCAUGAGAGGCUGUGAACCUUUAUGCCCUGCACGGUCACUAGAAACAGUCCUACCUAAUAUCUCUUCCCCAGGAAGUAAGAGGACAUUGGGCAGCAUGGGGGGACAGCACUAACAGAUGUUACGGAACCACUGUGUACCAGACACUGCAUGACGCUUGUUACUGUGAUCUCAUUUAAUCCUCACAACGAAUCUACAAAGCAGGUGUGAAAACUCACGGUUCACACAAUGAGCCACAGACCUUGAAUUGGACCCCAGUUUAUCUGUAGUCUUUAUCUGCACUCUUUCCAAUUUUCCAUACUGUUCUCCAGAGGCCUGGAGUGAGGUUCUCUGAUAGAACCAUCCUGCAAUGUGGGCUCUUGCUUGGCCGCUGGCAAAAGAAGCUGCCCUCUGUCCCACCUGGCCAGAGCGCUUUGCUCAGUACUUUAGUCUUCCAGGAUCCACUGUUUCCCCCUUGAUGGCCCCACCCACCCACCUCCUACCACAGAAUUUGAUCUUCACUCCGCUCAGUAAUCAUGAAAUUGGCUGGGCCUCCGUGUUCCUUCUUGGCCUAGAAUUCCACACCAUUCUUUAUCACUAACAUUAAAAUUCCCCUACUCCUGUUAUAUCAUUUCACCAUCUCCCUUUGAUAUUUUUCUUUUAUUUAUGCACUAAUGGGCUGGUAAUAGGUGCUGUACCGGGUACAAGUGAAAUUGCAAUGUUCUAAGUCUUUUGAAGCAGGCUUUUCAGAAAGCCUUGCUUGUUGGGUUUUGUUUUUAAAGAGUAAAUGAGUCUCUGAAGAUCAAGAUACCAUCUGUAGCAGGCCGAUCAUGUCGCAUAUCUCAUUCCAGCUACAGUACUGCCGCGAAAUUCUAUUUGUAAUUGAACUUUGCCUGUGUCAUUCUCUUUUAAAGCAGUGACUCUGAGAUGCAUGUUUUGUAUCAUACUGAAAAAUGUUUUAUUUUCCUUAAAGUUGUAAUAUUAUGUUUGAAAUUGUACAUACUUUAAAUGAUGUAGCUUGGACAGGUUUUAUUUUAUUGAUAUGAUUUUAUAUUAAAAGAGAAUGCUGCUUUCCAUAUA